UCUGCUGAUUACCUUCUGCUCUGCACCAAAGAGAGCUACCAAAGACUUCCGUAUCACAUGGAACGAAAGGAGAGCUCGCGCCUGGCAGGAUAAAGCUCACGCUUGCACUUUGACUAGGAGAGCGGGGCGGGCUAGCAGGAGUGAGUAGAUCGAAGAUAAGUUGCCCGUCGCCAAACGCGAGACUUAAGGAUAAAAAGCUCUGUAGAAGACUGACUGCAGACGGAAACCAGCCCGUAUCUUUGGGAAUGACAGACCUCGGCGUUUCGCUGUCCCUGCUGGCAGGGAUUGUGCUUCUGAGUGAGGUGUCAAGGUGGACUGCAGUUAAACUGUUUGCCAAGUCGGGUUAUUGUCAAUACGUGUUGGAAAUCAUUUCGACCUUCCAGCUAUGCGCUUGCACGCACGAAUUGAAACUAUUGGGCGAAGUGGGCCGAGUGGAGCUGCAGAUUGGGCUGACCCUAACGUACCUCAUCUCUGUGGUCCAUGCGCUGACGUUCCACGGAGCCAUCUGCAACCCCUCUGGCACUCUUGAAAGUGUCUACCGGAGGGGACUCACCGGAAAAUGUGCAGUGGCGCGGAUUGUGUGCCAGUUUCUUGCUGCCGUGGUGGCACGGUGUGUCGUUCCAUAUGUAUGGGCACUGGGUUUGUCCGAUUUGCACGUUAGACACAAACUGUUCGGAUUUAAAUGCAUCAGUCCGAUUAAUGCCCCGCUUUUGAAAGCAACUGCAGUUGAGCUGGGAUGCGCUUUCGCCGUGCACUCUGUUGCUACACAUAUGCAAAAAGUCGACGACAAAUACAAAAUCCAUGCCAUAGCAGCUGUAAUCACAACCGUGGUCUAUGCAGGUGGGAGUAUGACAGGAGCAGUGUUCAACCCAGCACUGGCGUUUUCAACGCAGUUUCCCUGCAGCGGCAACACCUUUAUCGAGUACUCGUUGGUGUACUGGUUGGGGCCAGUUUUAGGCAUGGCCGGCUCAGUGCUGCUGUUUGACAAAGUCAUUCCAGCGGUGUCAGGGAAGAGCAUAUACCGAAAAGACCUGAGCUACAAUGCCGUCAACGAGAAGAAGAAGAAGUGAGCUCCAAAUCAGACAUCUCUCAACUGCUGGAUUCAACAAUGGACUCCUUUACACAGCCCAUGGGUAUCAGUGAACUGCAGUAGACAGUAAUUAUAGGGCACAAUGUAAUACAUGCAAGUGAGUGUGUGUGUGUGUGUGUGUGUUCGUGUGUAAUGACAUGUACCUCAUCAACAGCAUUUUUCCUUUUUAACUUUUUUGAGCCAAACAAUUUUUAUGUUUAUAAAAUGUUUAUGUGAAGAACAGAGAUACAAUGAGAUACUCUAUAAACAUAACUGGAAAUAGUCAUUAUCUGUAGGCUGCUAUGUUCACGUUAUGUAUUUUGGAGAAAAUAAGCCUGCGAACCUCAGAAACUUAAUUCAAGUGAGAAAUCCUUCUGACAUAGGAAGAUUAUUCAAUCGCUGUUCUGUUUUUUUUUUUGUCUCAUUUAAUUUUUUUGUCAUGGUAACAAUGGUUAAGUUAUCUAUUACUGUUCUUGAUUUCCACCGUGUAUCGCUUAAGUUUAAACAUUCCCCUUUCAAAGAGGCACAUGAAGACUAGCUGGACAAGAAUGUAAUGUAAUGAGGAUUUUUACAUCUGUGGAGUGUGUGACCUUAACACACAGAUUUACGUGGUGCCUUUGGAACUUUAGCAAGGACUUUAGGGAUAAGCUGACCUAUCCUAGCCGUUAGUGAGCCUGUGCCAAAGUGUGCCGUGUACACUUGGUUUUAGGGACAAGCCAAAGAUGGUAUACUUGUCUUUUAGGCAAGCAGAGGUUAAGCCACAGAAAUACAGCACAGUCAUCUGAAGUAAUACUAUUGGUAUUAUAUGUGGUUGUUACGCUUCUGGUAAAUAACAGUCUUGGUCAACCAUUUGCUGCAUUUAUGUCAAUUUAAGACAUUGUAAUAAAUCAGUUAAUUUUUA